AUGGCCACCCCGACCAAGCGACGCAAUUUCACCGAAGAGGAAGACAUCAUGCUACUUCAGCAAGUCACGCUGGAAAUGCCGUUUCAAGCACGACGUGGCCAAGUCAUGGAGCGUUGGGCUGAAGUAGCGUCGGGAUUGAACACAGCCGAUGAAUUCAGACGCACGGACAUCGAUGCCAAGAAAGCAUGUAACCAUUUCAUACUCCUUCUCGAUGCCCAUCGAAAGGACAACAACUAG